AAAUACACAUUACUGACCCCUCAACACUAACAAAUCUGUGGGAUGUUCAUUUUGUCAAAUUUAACACAAUAUUUGUGCGACAAUGAGACAGUCAGCCAGUUUGAUGUCUUGAUAUAGUGUUUGUAAAUUUGUGUUAAAAGGUAAUCUAUUUUUAACGUAACCAUUUCAAGAAAUAAAAAUAUAUUCAUAAAACCACAAAAGGGAAAGUUUAGAGAGCCCUUUAUUGUUGAGCAGUGAAUUUCUCGCAGGAUUUGCAGAUCAAGCUCUGUGCAGCUGAACCAGCAGAAUCCAGUAUAGCCCCCCCAUCAGCUUCAGCAUGGCUUGCUUCAUUAAAGACACACACAAGCAGAUGAGAAAACUGACUCCUAGUCCUGCCAUAACCUCAGAGUAACUGCAAUAAAUUGUAUGUUUAAUGACAAUAUUCCUUUUAUAACCCUCAUUUUGUCAUUCAUACAAUAGUUUGGGGAGGGAAAAAAAAACAAAACAGUAUAGUGACUUGACAAAAGGGUUGGUGCAAUGUUAUCAGAAAUAUCUCUUAAAAACGAGACGUUACUUUACACUUUAUAUCUGCUGUGUUUUACAUUUUAAGAGUCAUGUUGUCUGCAAAAAUGUAAGUUAAGACGCGUUUAUUCACACUUCGGUGUAAUUUGUAUAUGCAAACCGUCCGUUUUCCUAGUAUGUGUUUUAAAAAAAUGACCAGACUUUAUAAUUGCAAAUGCUAAUAAUCGUUAAUGCAGUUAAAUUGUCAAUUAUUACGCAAAGUUGUAUGUUGAGCGGUGCACGCGUGAUGUAACGCUACUGCUAACCAGAUCAAACUGGCCGAGUGACGCUGAACUUUACACUCUAAUUGUCAUCCUAUUGGCAUCGGCUGAGGGCGUCAGGAGAUUGGUGCUGCUCGCCGGGAUCCGCAAAAACAACUCCAAAUAUGUUCAAAGGAAGACUUAACGGUGAAAAACACUCCACCAGGCAAGGACAUCUCUCAGUAAUCAACAGGUAUGUCUAUUUGACACUGGGAGGAUUCAUCCUUGCUAUCGUAACAAUGGGUCCAUACAGCUUAUUGCUGUUCUUCAGUGCCGUGCUUCUCCUGCUGCUGAUCCGCUGUCUACACCCAAUGCAUAUUCAUAAUUGGACUUUAGGACUGCAGAUGUGUUGGCAAACCUGCUGGCACUUGUACAUCCAGUACAAGUUAUACUGGCUUCAAGAGACACCAGACUUCAGGCUCUUACUGGCCAUAUCUGCUCUCAUGUUGAUGACCCAAAGGGUUUCUUCUCUAUCACUUGAUCUGCAGGAGGGAACAGUCACUAGUCCCUUUCAAAACAGUAGUCAGGAUCUUUCUGUCCUUAUACCAUUUCUAAGCUACUCACUCAAUUUUCCUGCACUUCUUGGAGGACCACUUUGCAGUUUCAACACUUUUGUGGAGUCUGUUAGGCAAAUGAGUGUGACUUCAUCAUUGGCUUCAUAUUUAGGGAGACUUACUUCUAAGAUGUUGCAAAUUGUAGCUUUGGUGUGGAUUAAAUAUCCUCUCAAGGAGCUCUUAAAAUCAAGCACAUUCAGAGUAAACAGCCCUUGCGUUUGUCAAAAUAUAAUAUGGAUCUGGGUCCUGUCGCUGCUACUUAAGUUGAACUAUUAUGCACACUGGAAGGUCAGUGAAUGUGUUAACAAUGCUGCAGGCAUGGGUUUCCAUGGGUACAGUCACAGUGGAAAAUCAUCAUGGGAGGGGUUUUCUGAUGGCAGUCCAUGGGUGACUGAAGCAUCGAGCCGUCCUUCAGUGUUUGCGCGCCAGUGGAACAGAACCACAGCAGCGUGGCUUCGAAGAAUGGUCUUCAAAAGGUCCAACAGGUCUCCACUGUUUAUGACCUUUGGGUUCUCAGCGUGGUGGCAUGGUCUUCAUCCAGGUCAGAUUCUAGGCUUUAUCAUCUGGGCCAUCACCGUGCAGGGAGACUAUAAAACACACCACUUCUUGCAUCGAAAGCUUACCUCCAAGUGGAAGAAAUGGCUGUAUGUGUGUCUAAACUGGGCCUUUACUCAAUUGACCAUUUCAUGUGUUGUUGUCUGUGUGGAGCUUCAGAGUUUAGAGUCAGUGAAACUGCUCUGGUCUUCAUAUAUCGCUGUAUUUCCACUACUGAGUGUUCUGAUGAUCAUAAUCCUGUGAGAAAUGACUAGAACCAGUGUAAAUUAUAUAAAUGCAAUCAAAUAUCUCAUCAAAUAUAGUAAAACAUGGAAGUUUAAACAUGGACCAGCAAGCACAUUUGAGCAUCUGUUUAGGGGAGAGCGGGUGAGCAGAACCAGUUUUUACUUACGGUGUGUUUAAGGUGAGCACAUGACAGUAAUGGGUCCAACUUAAAUAUGUACAUAAAUUUCAGGAUGUGGUGCAUCCUUGGGAAUAAUCACUUUGGAUCUAAAAUA